AUCUAACUAGAGCCUUUAAAAAACAUGCACUUCAACUGUACAACUGUUACAGUAUGUGAUGACCCGUCACUCACAAAACAGCCAAUCACAUCCAGGGACCUGGAUAGGUCAGGUCUGGCUUCUGCUCGGUUGCAGUGAAAACCUGCACCCGCAUCAGCCCUUUGUGGAUACGGUUUGACACCUAUUCCCUAACCCCUCAAAAAACAAAAAAUAUAUAUGAGCAUGAAGUAUUGUUUUCCAUUUACACUAGGUGCUGGGAAAAUGAGAUCUCUCUUGCUGAUAGGCAUCGUGGGAAUUUGUUUCCUAACAACUGUGCUUUCCCUGAAAAUUUGUGCCUUUAAUGUCCAAAGCUUUGGAGAAGCAAAAGCCAACAACAAAAAAGUUAUGAGGAUUUUGACAAAGAUAAUUUCACGCUGUGAACUCACCUUGAUCCAGGAGGUACGAGACUCCAAAGGUGAAGCCAUUCCUGCACUGCUUAAGAACCUAAACAGGUUUGAAAAAUCUCACGUGUACUCUCAUUUAGAGAGUGAAAGAAUGGGGAAGAAGACAUACAAAGAGCAGUAUGUUUAUAUUUAUAGGAAAGAUGUAUUGCAGGUCCAAGAACAAGCGUAUUAUCAUGAACUGAAACACUCAGAGUUCAAUGACACCGAAAUGUUCUCCAGAGAACCAUUCAUCAUAAGGAUCCACUCACCGACAACCUAUGUGAAAAACUUUCUUAUCAUUGGUCAUCACUCGUGUCCUAAGAAAGCCAUGAAUGAGAUGGAAGAACUUUUUGAAGUCUUUCAAGCUGUCCAAAAGAAGUGGAAAACUGAGAAUGUGAUGCUUCUGGGAGACCUGAACGCUGACUGUGGCUAUAUCACUAUUAAAGGCCUGAAGAAGCUCAGACUAAGGAAUGACCCAAAGUUCCUCUGGUUGAUUGCUGAUGAACAGGACACCACUGUUCGGGACAAAACACACUGUGCUUAUGACAGAAUAAUUGUACAUGGAAAAACACUGAUUUCUGGGAUUGUACCAGACUCAGCUCAACCCUUCAACUUCAAAAGCGAGUUCGGUUUAACAGAACAAGAGGCUUUGGAAGUCAGUGACCACUAUCCAGUCGAGGUUGACCUAAAGUCCAGUCAUCACUACCACCUCCGGAAUGAGCUCUGAACAAAAACCUGCACUUUUUUGUUGACACUUUUUCAAAAUAUCACAAACCCCAGAUGUAAACCCUUUUCCCAAUUGCUACAAACCAUUUUAAUUAGCUGUCAUAAUAUGAUGUAAUACAAGUCCAUCUUACUAAGAAAAUGUUCAUACUCAUCUGUAGGCAUGCGGUCAUUUUUUCCAUUAAUGAAGCUUUGUUUCAUUCUCUGAAUCUGUAGUACAUACACUACAAAAGUUUGGACACACCUUUUAAUUCAAUGUUUUUUGUUUGGGGAUUUAUUUUGUACAUUCUAGAACAAUAUUGGAGAUUUCAAAACUAUGAAAUAACACAUAUGGACUUCCAUACAGUAUGUAAUGACAAAAAAACAACAGUCAGUUGUUAUUUUAAGACAUGAAGGUCAGGUGUUCUGGAAUAGUUCUUGCAAGAACAGUAUUGUCAAGUGCAUUUGCAAAACCCAUCAAGCACCAUGAUGAAACUGGCUCACAUGAAGACCAUCCCAGUAAAGCAAGACCAAAAUUUACCUCUGCUGCCGAGGAGAAGUUCAUUUAGAGUUACCAGCCUCAGAAAUCACCAAUUAACAGCACCUCAGAUUAGAGACGUUAUGAAGGCUUUACAGAGCAUCAGUAGCAGACAUAUCUCAAUAUCAACUGUUCAAAGGACAUUAUUGUGUAUUUCGGCCGCCUUCAGCAUUGUUUUACAAUGUAGAAAGAAA